AUGAAUGGACAAGAUUUAAACCCUAAAUUUUCGAUUGCUUGUUCAUUUUCUAGAAAGUCCGCUGUAAAAAAACGAGUUUCUUUAAAUGAUUUUAACAUUCCGCAAGACAUUCCACAUGACUUUUUGAAGGACCAUUUCCUACAAGAUUUAUUAUACUUUUUCAUCUCUCAAUGUAACCUCCAAGAACUACCGAAAUAUGUGGCCUUGGAAGUUAACCAUUAUCUUAAACAACACUCGGCAAAUCCCAUUAAAGUAUUCUACAAACUACUUCGUCAAUCGAAGCACAACUUAUUAUACAUUUCUGGCCUGAUUGGUUUUUGUUAUGAAUUCGGAAUUGGCUCGGUGAUUGAUCAUCAGAUGGCAUUCGAGUAUUACUCGUAUUCUGAGAAUCUUAAGAUGAUUCUUGACAACAACGCUAAAUUAAAAAUCAAAUGCAAAAACGACAAAUUCAAAGAACAAUCGCCAGGUGGUAGCUACUUCAUAAUUCAACAAAAUUAUUUUAUAAGUCAAGUCUCACUUGCAUUAAUGUAUCAAAAUGGUUGUUACGUUUCGGAAAACAAAUAUCUUGGUUUCCAGAUUUUUACCAAACUCGCUUCUGAAAAGUCGGUGUUGGCUGAAACAUGGAAUUAUGUGGGUGAUUGUUAUCUGAAUAUUGUAAUACCUGUAAAUGAGAUAGACACGGAGGACAUUGGUGAGUUAGGUACUGACAUUAGUGAUCUGGGUGUAAGUACGAACGGGUUAGAUGAGGGCAUAGAUGAGAUAGACUUGAACAAAAUAAAUGCGGAUAUGGCUAUAGCAUCUGUAGAUCGCACAAGCGAGAGAGAAGCAGAAUCGUCAAAGCGUUAUGCAAAAUCUCUUGAAUAUUUCUCAAGAUCUGCAUCCAAAGAAUAUCCAGAGAGUACAUUUAAUGUUGGCUAUUGUCAUAUCUAUGGGUUUGGCACCGAACAAAAUGAUCAUCUUGCUUUCCAAUAUUUCUUGAAGUCGGCUGAAUUUGGGUUUGAGCUGGGACAACAUCAAGUGGGGCUGUGUUAUUUAAAUGGUAUGGGAACAGGUGAGAAUUUGGGUAAAGCGAUUUAUUGGCUAUUGAAGGCAAAGAAUAAUGGGUGCACCAAUGUGGAAGGUUUGUUAACUAUGAUUAUUAAUAGACUGGAUUACAUGUGA